AAAAAAACAAACAGCUGCCAUUGCUAUUAAAGAGAAUAAUAAAGUAAAAGAAGAAGAACCAUCAGAUGAAGAUGAUGAAAAUUAUGAAGAUGCAAUAGAAGAUGAAUUCAAUGAAUCAAAUGAAAAUCCUGGUCGUUUAGGUUUAUUUUUUGUUGGUAAUUCUGUUAAAGUUGCAACUAAAUCAAUUAUCAAUGGUGUCGAACAUUUACUUCAACCAUCUGAUGAAAGUGGUUUUAUUGAACAACAACUUGAUUUAUCGGUUAAUGAUAUUGAAAAACUGGGUACAAAAAUUCAUCCUGACUCGGAUGAUAAAAAGUUUGAUUAUGAAAUUGAACUAAAUGAAUCGAAAACAGAUGAAAGUUCACCUGAUUGCAAACCAUUCAAAUGUACUAUAUAUGUUCUUGCUUCUCAUGGUGUUAGUAUUAUAUCAGAUAUUGAUGAUACAAUAAAAGUCUCCAAUGUUCUUAAGACACGAUCGUUAUUAAAACAUACAUUUUAUAGUUAUUUUAAACCUGUUGAUGGUAUGAGUGAUUUGUAUCAAAAAUGGAGUGAACAAAAAUGUCAAUUUCAUUAUGUUAGUGCAAGUCCGUGGCAAUUAUAUCCAGCACUUCGUUGUUUUUUAGAAAAAUAUAAAUAUCCAAUGGGUACAAUGAAUUUAAGAAAAUUUGCAUGGAGUUUAAAAUUUCUUAAAGCACCCGAUGAAUAUAAAAUAGAAACAAUUACACCAAUUAUUCAUGCUUAUCCUGAAAGAAAAUAUAUUUUGGUUGGAGAUUCAGGCGAACUUGAUCCAGAAAUAUAUUCUAAACUAUAUAGUACAUUUCCACACAAUAUUGCGCAUAUAUUUAUUCGUGAUAUUUGUCGAACACCAGAAUGUCUACUAACAUGUCACGAACGAUAUAUAAAAACAUUUGAAAAUGUACCACAUGAACGAUAUACUAUUUUUAAAGAUCCAAAAGAAAUUGAAACAUCUAUCGAAAAAUUAAUUUCCACAUAA